CAGCAGCUCCAGCGGCUUCCCACAAGCUACGGUUCCCCAAGUUCAACGGUACAUCUGAUCCUAUCGCACGGCUGCAUCGUUGUGACCGAUUCUUCUGCGCCGAGCGCAUGGCCGAGGACGAAAAGGUUUGGCUUGCAUCCUUUUACAUGGACGAUGCAGCGCAGCAAUGGUACUAUCGCUUGGAGCGCAACCAGGGCGUCCCAACAUGGACGCGCUUCGUCGAGCUCGUCAACCCGGAGCAAUCCGCUCGGCGAACUCAUCAAGCUGCAGCGCACAGGGACCAUCGCCGACUAUCAGGACCAGUUCCUGAAGCUACUGGCCCGCUGCGACGACGUCACCGAGCCGCAGCAGAUCGCGAUGUUCACCGCAGGGCUUGGUGAUCCCCUGCGUGUGGAUGUCGAGCUGCAGUGCCCGACUACGUUGGAGGACGCAAUGGGGCUCGCUCGGGCGUUCGAGUGCCGCAACGCGUUCCCUGGCACAACGCCAGGAGGGGCGCGCUUCACGCGCCCGCCGCCGCCGCCACGAGCCAGUGCGACCCCCAAAGCUGCCUUGCCAGCCCCGACGUCGCCGCUGAGCCAAUCACCGGCCCCGCCUACACUUCGGCCGAAGCCGACCCUUGGCGCCCGCUUCACGCGCCUGACACCAGAGGAGAUGGCGAAGCGCCGCGAGGAAGGACACUGCUUCAAUUGCCCCGCCAAGUUCUCUCGCGAGCAUCUCAAGGAGUGCACCAUGCGAGCAUCUACCCGCUCGAAGUCGUAGGCGAGACCACCCUCGACGACGAGGACAUCGCCAGCGACGACGGCAUCCAAAUUUCCCUCAACGCCCUCACUGGGAUCUCCUCAUCCAUGACGAUGCACCUCGAUGUCAACAUCGCCGGGGCGCGUCUGUGCGCCCUGGUGGACUUUGGUUCGAUGCACUGCUUCAUCGCCACGACUACAGCACGCCGCCUCGAGCUGUCACCUCUACCGCGCUCGGGCAUGUCCGUGGGCGUGGCCAAUGGCGAGCGGGUGGCCUGCGCAGGGAUCUUCACCAACACCCCGGUGCGCAUCGGCAACGAGCUUUCCAACAUGGACGUCUACAUCAUUCCUUUGGAGGGGCACGAGGUUGUCCUCGGUUGCCAGUGGCUGCGCACCCUCGGCCCCAUCAUCUGGGAUUUCGAGUACCUCUUCAUGUCGUUCUGGCGCUGAGACCAUCGGGUUCGCUGGUUAGGCGUGGGGACCUUAGCCGACGCUUGGGUCCGCUCCAUUGCCGGCGGCGACCUACUGCAGCGCCUGAUCCUCGAGUAUGCCGACAUUUUCAAGGCACCAUAGGGUCCGCCACCUUCGCGGCCGACGGACCAUAGGAUCCACCUCCUCCCCGUCACACCGCCUAAUUCCCAUCGUUGAUGAACUCCUAGACGAGCUCAAAGGGGCGCGUUUCUUCACCAAGCUCAAUCUGUGCAGCGGGUAUCAUCAAGUCCUCAGGCACCCCGACGACAUCGCCAAGACCGCGUUUCGAACGCACCAUGGGCACUUCGAGUUCAUGGUCAUGCUGUUCGGCGUGACCAACGCGCCAUCGACGUUCCAGGCGCUCAUGAACACUGUGUUGCAGGACUUCCUGCGCCGCUCCGUCCUCGUCUUUUUCGACGACAUCCUAAUCUACAGCCCGACAUGGUCCCACCAUCUGCAGUACGUCCGCACUGUCUUCCAGGUGCUUCGGGAGUACGGCCUCUUCCUCAAGCAGAGCAAGUGCUCCUUUGGCGACUAGAUGAUCUCCUACCUCGCCACAUCGUCUCGGGCAACGACGUCGCGAUGGACCUAGCAAAGGUCGAGGCAAUGCGCUCCUGGCCGACCCCCACACGGUGCGGGCACUGCGGGGAUUCCUUGGCCUGGAGUGGUAGCUCGGCCACUGACGCAGCUCCUCAAGCGCGAGGCCUUUCUCUGGACACCGGAUGCCGAUGUCGCAUUCACCGCCCUCAAGGAUGCUCUGACAUCCGGGCCGACACUGCAGGUCCCGGACUUCGACAAAUCCGUUCGUCGUCAACUGCGACGCUUCUGGGAGCGGCUUCGGCAUAGUACUACACCAGGGAGGUGGCCCGAUCGUGUUCUACAGUCGGCCGUCGCACUGCAGCAUGCCAAAUUGGCGGCCUACGAGUGCGAGCUCAUUGGCCUACGAGUGCGCCAUUGGCGACCCUAUCUCUAGGGCCGGUAGUUCAUCGUCCGCACCGACCAUUACUCCCUGAAAUUCCUACUGGAUCAACGUUUGUCAACCAUUCCGCAGCACACUUGGGUAAGCAAGCUUUUCGGUUAUGAUUUCAGUGUGGAGUUCAAUCCAGGCAAGAACAACACAGUCGCCGACGCGCUCUCCCGUCGCGAUGAGGACAUCAUGGGGGAAAGGGGGGUGUGCACACAGUUUCGUCGCUGGCGUUCGAAAUCUUCAAUGAUUUUUGGCGCGAGGCAGACGGCCUGGCGGAGAUCACCACCGCCAAGGAGCUGAUCCGCAAGGCCGAAGCACCUCCGGCAUGGACGAUUGUCGAUGGCUUCAUCCUCCACAAUGAUCGCGUCUUCGUGCCCUUGUCUUCCGCUCUAUGGCCCCAGCUCCUCGCCACGGCACAUGGCGCAGGCCAUGAGGGCGUCCAAAAGACUCUGCAGCGGCUCCGGGCGUCGUUCUAGAACCCCCACGCGUUGCGCCUCGUCCGCGACUUCAUCAAGGGUUGCACCAUCUGCCAACACAACAAAACGGAGCAUCUACAUCCGGCGGGGUUGUUGCAGGUGCUGGACAUGCCCAGCUCAGUUUGGGCGGACAUCUCCAUGGAUUUUGUCAAAGGCUUUCCUCGCGCAGGGGGGAAAUCGGCCGUCCUCACCGUCAUCGACCGUUUCUCCAAAUAUGCCCACUUGAUCGCCCUUCGACAUCCAUACACGAUGGUCACCAUGGCACGGGCCUUCUUCGACGACAUCGUCCGUCUCCACGGCAUCCCCUGUGCAUCGUCAGCGACAGGGAUCCGGUGUUCACCAGCGCGUUCUGGGGUGAGCUGUUCAAGCUUGCUGGGGUGCAACUUCGCUUGAGCACGGCCUUUCAUCUCCAGACGGACGGCCAAUCGGAGGUAACCAAUCGAAUUCUUGGCGUCUAUCUGCGGUUGCCUAUUGGUGACCAUCCCAGGAGCUGGCUGAGGUGGCUGCCGUGGGCGGAGUAUUGCUACAACACCUCCUUCCAGACUGCGCUCAAGUCGACGCCAUUCAAGGUGGUCUACGGCCGUGACCCACCCGCGAUCGUGCCGUAUCAGCCGGGCAUUGCCAAGGUGCUGGCGGUGGAUAGGCAGCUUCAGGACCGCGACGAGUUCCUCGUCGACAUCUAUGAUCGACUCCUACACGCCCAGGAGGUGAUGCGGGAGGAGUACAACCGCAAGCACUGCGAUGUUGAGUUCGCGGUGGGCAACUGGGUAUGGCUUCGUCUUCAUCAGCUCCUGGCCGCGGCCAUUACUGACAAGUCAGCAGGCAAGCUAGCUCCGAAAUUCUACGGUCCGUUCCGGGUGGAGGAGCGUAUCGGGCCGCUCGCCUAUCGCUUGGCUCUGCCGCCUCGGACGCGAAUUCACCCUGUGUUCCAUGUGGUGUUCUUAAAAAAGUUCGUCGGUGAGCCACCGGUUGACAUGGUGCAGCUGCCUCCCAUUAGGCAUGGCCGUGCUUUGCCGGUUCCUUGUUCAGUGGCUGGGUCGUUCUGCAGCAGAUGCUACAUGGGAAAUGCUCAACGCUUUCAAGCAGGAGUAUCCAGAUUUUCAGCUCAAGGACGAGCUGUUUCUCGGCGAGGGGGGAAGUGUUGUGGACGCCUUUGUUGGUCGCACCUAUAGGCGUCGAGCCAGGCAGAAUUAGGCUGUGGCCGGUUGGUUGUUAGUUGAGUUAGAAGAUCAGCCAAGGGUUUAGCAAUUAGUUGGAAUAGAUCUUAUCAGGUCAGGAUUGUUAGGAGUUUGUUAGUAGCCAGCUUUAUAUAAGCCGUGAGAGUCUUGGAGUCUGUAACAAGGAAUUUAUCUCUAAAGUUCAGAGCCCCUUCGGGGGGAGAACAGGGAGAUAUCCUUGCAAAUUUCGAUCAAUAAAGCUGAUCUCGUUAAGCCCA